AGUUGCUAGUUUUAUUCAAUAGAUAGUUUCUGAACAUGUCUGGUAAAGGCAAGGGAGCUGUGCAUGAAGGAAUGUCCAAGGAUAAGAAGACUCGGUCCGCUAAGGCGGGUCUGCAGUUCCCCGUUGGCCGAAUCGCCCGUUACAUGAAGCAUGGCAGAUACGCCAAGCGUGUUGGCGCCGGUGCUCCUGUGUACAUGGCUGCUGUGCUGGAGUAUUUGGUUGCUGAAAUAUUGGAGUUAGCUGGUAACGCUGCACGCGACCAUAAAAAGAGCAGGAUCAACCCUCGGCAUAUACAACUAGCAGUCAGGAACGAUGAAGAGCUCAAUGAAUUCCUGAGUAACGUCACGAUUGCCUCUGGUGGCGUACUGCCAAAUAUUCACACUAGCCUACUUCCUAAGAAGAGCACUAAGAAAAGCAUGGAAUACUGAGUCGUACGACUAUCGUCCCCAUCGGGGAAUGCCCGGUUUCUACGGAAGUUACUUCUCACCGACCAAAUAUAGUCUCGCUCCAAAACUCUGAUGUACACCCGAGCUUCCUCGACGAAGGAAUGCCGUAAUCCUCACAAUACAGGGACACAUAGGUUUCUGACUG